AUGCUCUCGCAAAAUGUUGCCAAAUCGACGGUUCCGUCGUAUUACAUGAUUCGUACGAAUCUCCCUCAACGGAAACCACUAAAUCAAUGGGAAGGUGUUUAUUACUACAGCGGUAUUAGUAAACGUCAACGUCACCUUAUCUUGUUACAAAGAAAGCGUGACCGGGAGGCACAUAUGCGUUUAUUUAAUUUCUCUAGAGAGAAUGUACUACGAGGACUAGAUGCUAAUUCCAAAAAACAGCAACAACUCGCUACACCAAAUACUCAAUUAGAAUUUGCGAUUCAAUUGGCGCAACAUGGUUUAUAUCAAGAGGCAAGUCUUAUAGUAAAUGAAUUGCACCAACAACGUGCACUUUGUGCGAAUCAGUAUGUUCUUUUUAUAGAUGCUUUAGCAGCUCCUCGUUUAAGAGAACGUAUUCUACAUUGUGAUGCACAAUGUGAUCCCACCUUGACGUACAAAUUUAUUGGAGAUGAAAAUGGCGAAGAACGGGCACAAGAGGCACACCGGUGGUUUAAUAUGGCUUUUACUUCACUGGAUAUGGAAUGUCGAUCAAGAGGUCAUCAUAUUCCACAAGGAACAUCCACAGCUACACAUCUUGUGAAUGCAUUAAUGCGUACUCUACUAACAUGUGGAUAUACUCAUGUUGCUGCAGUGCCGGAUGCUAUUUAUGAUCGCAUGGGUGCGAUGGGCAUCUCACCUACUAUCACUACUUAUGAAUUGGUGAUGCUCGCCCUAUCACUGCAGGGUAAUACCAAAGAAGCAGAGAGUGUCUUUUCAUUUCUGCGUAGUCAUCACAAUGAACAUGUAACAAUUGGUAGCUUCAACGCACUUCUUUUGGGUCACCGUGAGUGUCGUGAGUAUGAUCGUUGCGAUGCUCUUUGGCAAGAAUUAGUGGAUCGCCGCUGGCCUCGGGCGUGUGGACUGACGGCGGAGUUGUACCUGCGCAGUAUUAUAGAUCACUCCUACACACCGACGAGUGCCCCACUACAGCGGUUUGGUAAUAUUAACGCGGUGGAGAAGAAAAAGGUCCCACUCGUCCUGGCGCAGAUGGACGAUCUCGGCAUUCCACGCACGCACCUCUCGCGUCCCCUCACAGACGAGGUCGAAGACGCACUGCGCCGCUUCCGACUUUAUCGCUCGCGGCACUACGAGUGGGGACGGGCGGUGAAGCAAUUCGACUUUAUUGAGUUCCGCCGCCGCAAUGGCUGGAUGUAUGAUCUCCAUCUCAUGAAGAACACCACCAAGCAGGUCGGACCGCUGCGGGAUCCCACUCAGCCAGAUGCCUCGCAGGUUGCUGUUGCCACAGUGGAACUUCCUGCGUUCUUUAAUGAUCGCCCAGCGUGGGAGCAGCCGCCGCUCGCGGAGUUGUUGCAAGUUACAGAAACACGUGAACGACAUGAUGAUGUGCGGGCAGGGGAUAUUUAUUACGAUGAUACUCGCUCUGUACAUGACCGUUCCCCAACAUGGAUGAAUGAAGUUCCAGAAACCCGCUACGACCGACUGUACGGUGUGAACCAGCCGGAUAUCGCAAAGAUCGGCAUUCGACGACACCUCAACACGGAGUACGUUAAUCGCGCCGAGGUAGUGGAGCGCGACGCAGCGCUUAUGAAGAAAACACGCAGCAGUGGUAGGCGUCUUCGACAAAAGGUGGAACUCGCACGUACACACCGGAACGCAGCCAACAGUACAUCAGCAGCUGUGGCUUCAUCAUCUACAAUGUCACGGUAG